AUGACGCUCAACCUCAAUGAAUUCGACGUCCUAGUGUUUGAUAUUGAAGGAACCGUUUGUCCCAUCUCCUUUGUCAAGGACGUUCUCGUGAGUCGUCCCGUUUUCUUGUUUGUCUCACUUCGCAACCCUUCCGAUUUUACUCCCUUUACCUACAUACGACCACCUCCGUCCGUCCCCCUUACCACCUCCGGGCCCGGACCUCCGUAUGGAUACCACCAAAUUUCGUCCCAGCCUCCUCUUCCGGACGUCCUCCGUCCAGCUGCCGGCCUUUGUACCCAGAUCCCGGGUGUCCACGCUGCCGAACCAAGUUCUGCCAAGUUGCGCAAGUCUCGGGCGCGUGCAGCUGAAAAUUUCAAGCCGAGCACUUCUUUCCCAACCCCCCCCUUUGCACUCUUCACCGACUUUGCCCGUUUCUUUCCGUAUGCACUCGAGGCACUUCCCAAGGUGUUGGAUCGAGAGUGGGAUAGCCCAGAGUUCGCAAAGUACCGCGAUGCCUUCCCCGAGGAGUAUCGCAACUCGCGCUCUGACUUUGAAGCGCACGUCCGCGACCUCGUGAAGCGUGAUGUCAAGAUCGCCUAUCUCAAGUCGCUCCAGGGUUACCUGUGGCUGCAAGGCUACAAGUCGGGUAACAUCGUGGCGCCCCUCUUCCCAGAUGUUGAGCCCUUCUUCAACGAGGCCACCCAAGCUGGAAAGAAGAUCAUCAUCUACUCAUCUGGUUCAGUCCCUGCGCAGAAGUUGCUCUUUUCACAUACCAACUCCAGGAAGUCAGAUAUGACGCCUCUUAUCGCAGACUACUUUGAUACCACUAAUGCGGGGCCCAAAACCGAGGUUGAUAGCUACGCGAAGAUCAUUUCUGAGCACCCGGAGCACAAGGACGUCGACCGAUGGCUUUUCCUGAGCGACAAUAUCAACGAGGUCAAAGCUGCUGUUGGGGCUGGUAUGCGCAGUGUGCCCGUUGUUCGUCCUGGUAAUGCGCCUUUGCCGCCAGACGAACCUCUGUCCAAGCUCGCCAUUACCGAGUUCAAGCACUCAGAGGUCGCUUCUUUGGGAGUAUGA